GCACUGCUUCUAUAUAUUCAAGUUUUCCGCUAACAUUUCGGUCCUCCACAUCCUGGUUACGGUUGUCCCGAGUCUUCUUUAAUAUUAGACCGUAAAACUCGUCUGUAUCCGACAUGGCGAACCCAAAAGUGUUUUUUGACCUCGCCAUCGAUGGGAAACGUUUAGGGAGAAUUGUGAUGGAGCUGAGGGCCGACGUGGUCCCGAAGACUGCUGAGAAUUUCCGAGCUCUGUGCACCGGAGAGAAGGGUUUUGGCUACAAAGGUUCUGGCUUCCACCGUGUCAUUCCAGAAUUCAUGUGCCAGGGUGGCGACUUCACAAAACAUAAUGGAACUGGUGGGAGGUCCAUCUAUGGCGAAAAGUUUGCGGAUGAGAACUUCAUUCUGAAGCACACAGGAGCUGGCAUUCUGUCCAUGGCUAAUGCUGGACCCAACACCAAUGGCUCACAGUUCUUCAUCUGCACUGCAAAAACCAGCUGGCUGGAUGGCAAGCACGUUGUUUUCGGGAGUGUUGUUGACGGUCUUGACUAUAUCAAGAAAGUUGAAAGCCUGGGAAGCCAAAGCGGGAAAUGUUCUGCCAAGAUCACCAUCGCUGACUGUGGGCAACUUUAAAUACCACUUCCACUUAAACACCUAGCCUCAAUCUUGUGCAUUCCGUUCCCUUCCUUUAAUUUCCUUAUUCCUAUUGUUAAAACAGUUGUUACACCAAACAUUGAUUAUGAUGACUCAAAAAAAAUUUGUUUAACAAAAUAAAAGUGGAACAAUAA